AUUGUCUUAUCAGCUGUUGAAAAGUAUUGUAUAUCCUGCUAUCUGUUGUAUCAAAAUUGACUUCCUGCUCGACAUUUGUUUUUGUGUAUGUGUGUGUCGGUGUGUGUGGGUGUGUGUGUGAGAGAUACACCAUAAAGUGGGAGAUUGUAAUCAUCACUUGUUUAUACUGUAUAUUCAAAAAAAAUAUGUUUAAGAGUAUAAGCCACUACAUAAAUUAUUAGUAUUGCAAUGCAUCAUAUAUGUGUUUUAUUAGACUGAAAUUGACCGAAGCAUUAUGUCAAAUCAAAAAGAAAAAAAAAGGAACCAAAAUGUAGACAGCGUUUCACCAGCAGGCCUAGAGUGAGGAGCCCCGCCCCCUCGCUGCUCAGACAGAGUUUGGGGAAGAAGACGGCGGUCGUUCUUUCAUUCACUAGAGCUAUUCAUGUUUGCAGAUCAGUAAUGUGAACCUGGUGAAAACUGUCCCCCCUAAAUUGUAAAGUUACACGUUAAUUUGGUACUGAUUUCGCAAUCACGUGCUUAGACGUUCAAGGAAAAAAAAGAGUGAUUUAUAUUUUAUUUUUUUCGUAAUUACAGUUAGUGAGAUUUUAGCUAUAACGGUCGUAUAACAGCCGUUGUGGAGUUUGCUACAUGUAUCUGUAAGCUCCGAUCCACUCCCCUACCUAACUUUAUUAAGGUUACAGUGGUAUCCUGACAUAUGUUGUGUUGUUAUCUGUUAAUAGGAAGAGUGCUUAAUAUGUAGAAACGCGAAGGUUACCCCCAGCUACAUGUAAUCAGUUCUCAUCAGAGUUUCAAAUAUUUAUUAUAGACGUUAUAACUUUCCCCUACUGUGUAAUCGAUUUUACUGUAGUUAUUCAGAGCUUAAAGUAGUUUUAGUCAUCUAAAUAUGUCCAUUUUAAAUUAUGUAACUAAUAAUAUGAUUAAGUCUUUCAGAAUUAUUACAAUUAAAAGAAAUUAGUAGCCUUAAAAUUUUGCUGCACUUGAGAAAUUGAUGUUCUUUUUAUGCAAAUCUGUGAGAUUUACAUUUAUUGUUGAAUUGUUUUGAUUUGGCCCUUUGAUGCUGUCACAGCUGGUGGGAGCUGAUGCUGUUCACUGAAGUGGAUGGUAUAUGGUUGUUUUUUUUAAACAUCGGAAGGACAAAAGAAUGUUCAUUGUAAAAUUUCAUGAUUUUGAGAAUUUGUAAUAAAGAGGCAAAGUUUGGGGAAGAAGACGGUGGUCGUUCUUUCAUUCACUGGAGCUAUUCAUGUUUACAGGCUUUCCAUUCGGAGGAAAGGAGAGGAAAAAACAUCAAUAAGCAUCAUUUGUUGGAAUUGUUUCAACCCAGCUGAGACGUGUAACAAACUUUGGGGGCUCGUCCGGGAUCUCUCCUUUUAUUUGGGUUGAUUUCAGUCUAAAAAAAAACAUAUAUUAUGCAUUGCAAUACUAAUAAUUUAUGUGGUGGCUUAUACUCUUAAACAGAUUUUCUUGACUAUAUAAACAAGUGAUGAUUACAGUCUCCCACUGGUGUAUCAUGUGUGUGUUGCUCAGAUGACAUUGGAGGUGAAAGUGGCCUUUCGCCUUCCUCUCUUUAUGUUUGUCUUGUUGUCACUUGGUUCUGACAGCUAUACUCUCUCUGAGCGCUUUAGAAGCCCUGCCAUCAGGGUUGUAUCUAAUGAAACCACAAAGAAAGCUCCAGAUGUAGCAGCAGAGGUGAGAAGAUAUGAAGAUGUGGCCAAGCGCAUCAUUGAGCUAGCUCUAUUUGGUGCGGCCCAGAACCGCUCUUACAGACGGCUGGCUGACUUUACUGACACGAUAGGGAACCGGGUCAGUGGGUCACGGAACCUGGAAAUGGCUAUUAAAUAUAUGUACAGUGCCAUGAAACAGGAUGGACUGGAUGUUCAUCUGGAACCAGUAAAAAUCCCUCACUGGGUUAGAGGGAAGGAGAGUGCAGAGAUGAUUAUGCCCAGGACCAAGAGCCUGGCUAUACUGGGCUUGGGCAGCAGUGUAGGAACGCCUCCAGAAGGUGUUGAGGCUGAGGUGUUGGUGGUUCAGUCUUUUGAGGAACUGAAGCGUAGAGCCAGCGAGGCCACAGGGAGGAUUGUGGUUUUUAACCAGCCUUUUAUCAGCUACUCGGAGACGGUUGCUUAUCGUGCUUUCGGUGCUUCAGAGGCAGCUAAAGUGGGAGCUGUGGCCACACUCAUUCGAUCUGUCACCCCUUUCUCUAUUAACAGUCCUCACACAGGUUUGCAGGUUUACCAAGAGGGAGUGAAGCGAAUCCCCACAGCCUGCAUCACAGUGGAGGACGCUGAGCUAAUGUGGCGUUUGGCCCAAAACAAACAGAAGAUUGUGGUCAGACUCAUAAUGGGAGCCCAGACUUUGCCGGAUGCUGACUCUUUUAACACAGUGGCUGAGAUAAGAGGCUGGCAGCACCCGGAGCAGGUUGUCCUAUUGAGCGGUCAUCUGGACAGCUGGGAUGUGGGCCAGGGCGCCAUGGAUGAUGGAGGUGGAGUCAUGAUAUCCUGGGAGGCUCUGUCCCUCAUCAAAGACCUGGGUUUGCGCCCAAGAAGAACUUUGCGAGCAGUUCUGUGGACAGGUGAGGAGCAGGGAGGUGUCGGUGCACAGCAGUACUUCAAUCUACACAAGGAGAACAUCUCCAACUUUGACCUUGUUAUGGAGUCUGACUUGGGGACGUUCACCCCGAUGGGUCUGCAGUUUUUAGGCAGUGAGGCGGCACAAAAGGUGAUGGAAGAAGUUAUCAAACUUUUGGCUCCCAUUAAUGUAACCAAACUGGAGACCGAUGCCGAGGGGACAGAUAUCUUUCUGUGGAUGCAAGCAGGAGUCCCAGGGGCCAGCCUUCAUGUGGCAGACAGUCGUUACUUUUGGUUCCACCACAGUGAGGGAGACACCAUGACAGUCCAGGACCCUCAUGACAUGGACCUCUGCUCAGCUUUGUGGGCCGUGGUGGCGUACGUCGUGGCUGACCUGGAGGAUAUGCUGCCCAGAAGGCCGUAAUAUCAGAUUUAUCAAAACCGAAAUCAGGUUGCACUUUUACUGAAUGAGUUUUAGUUUUGUCCUCAAAACAACACAAGUGUUUGGAUGAAUGAGAGAACAAAAUCUGAUGCACCAAGGUAGCAUGUAAAGUUAAAUUAAGCCCAAUAUACUUGAAACGAUUUUCAGAAUGAAGAUUUUUACUGGCAAUAUUCUUGAAGGGAAAAUGUUCAGUGCAACACCUAGUUCUCUUUUAUCUUCCGAUCAAGGGUGUAGCCUGACUCUCUGUCAAUAACCACUAGAAAGCCUGUCUCUAAUGGACAAUGAGGACAAGCAGGUUUAAUUAAUGGACGGAUGCUUUUUUUCCUGUUAAUGUAAUAUCGUAGUAAAAUUAGGCCAUAAACAUAUAGCAACUUUCCAUUCAGAACCAGGCUGUGGCCAAGCUCAAUACAAUAGAAAACAUUUAACCCAAGCAAAAUCUCUACUUUAUUAAGGCAAACAUUUUGUCACACUUUUUCAGACCUGCAAAUUGUUUUCCACAAAGUGAAGAAUAUUGUGUAAAAUUAUUGCAUGUUACAUUAUUGCUCAACAGGUGAAAGUAAUUUAAGAAUAAAUUAUUUAGCAUUUUAAAGUUGGGGAAAAUAAAUUAUGCAAAAUUAUGAAAUCUGGUCUAGGCCCUAACUUAUCAAACAUGCAUUUUUAGUGGCCUUAGUACAUAUUUUAAUUCUCAUUAAAGCAAAAUUUAAAGUUUUCAUUUGCGUAUUUACUAAACAGAAAUUUAGGUGACGUAUGUAACCACUGAAAACAACUUCUCAAGUAAUUCAUAGUGAUGAGGUUGUGGCAGUAUUAGGCAGGUUUAACAAUCAUGUAGAAGUUUCUACUAAUUCCAAUCUAUGACAUAAAAAUGAAAAGGAAAGCUUGAACCUUUAUGAAAAGGUUAAAACUUAAAACUAAUGAGGUGUCUAAAUCUUACUGCAUCUGCACACACC